AUGGCUUCUUUCCCUCUUUUCUUUGUUGGGUUCCUUGUUUUGGCAGGUGAGGCGGUGUUAGGACAGCAAAGCUCAGAUGGGUUUCAAAUAGAGAUGGGGAAGGAGGAGCUUUUGGGGCUUUUUGAAGUUUUGGGUGCCCUUCUAGGAGACUCCAGCUGGGCCCAAGAACACCCACAACCAUGUGAUGAGACUCCAUGGCCUGGUGUUCAAUGUGAGAUUGGUGAUGAAAACCCUCCAAUGUUUCAUGUCACAAAGAUUCACAUUGGCCCUGAUCCUGCUUGCAAAUCCUCUGCUACCCUAUCAGAGUCCCUGCUCAAACUACCUUACUUGAAAACACUUUCCAUUUUCAAUUGCUUUUUGACAUCACCAGUCACUCUUUCUCCAACUCUACUUGGUGCGCUGUCUUCCUUGGAACACCUAGCCCUUGUGUCCAAUCCAGCCCUCUCAGGAGAACUUCCCCCAAGUUUAGCCAAAAUUUCCAACUUAAGGGUCCUGAGCCUGUCACAGAACAAUCUACUAGGCAAGAUCCCUGGGAACAUUGGUGGGAUGGUCAGCUUAGAGCAACUUGACCUAAGUUACAACAAUUUAAGUGGUCAAAUACCAGUAGAAAUUGGAGGGUUGAGGACUUUGAGCAUUUUGGAUUUAAGUUGGAAUGUUCUAGAAGGUCAGGUGCCUGGCUCUGUUGGUCAGCUUCAGCUCAUCCAAAAGAUUGAUUUAAGUUCAAAUAGAUUUACAGGAAGCAUGCCUCCAGAUACAGGGAAGCUCAACAAGUUGGUGUUGCUUGAUCUGAGUCAUAACUUGAUAAAUGGGCCAAUCCCUGAAACCCUUUCAGGUUUGGAGCAAUUACAGUACUUGGUAGCUGAUAACAACCCAAUCAACACAGAAAUUCCUCAGUUUGUAGGGAAGCUCAUGAAGCUCAAAUCACUGAGCUUUUCAGGAUGCGGUUUGACUGGUCCAUUGCCCAACUCUCUAUCUUCCUUGAAAAAUCUCACUGCUCUUUCUCUGGACAACAAUAGCCUUACUGGGACAGUUCCUCCAGAUUUAGGGACUCUUCCAAGUUUAAAUCAGCUAAAUUUGAGCAACAAUCAGCUAAGUGGAGAUCUAUCACUUCCAGAGGAGUUCAUUGAGAGGCUUGGGAAGAGGUUGGAUGUAAGAGGAAAUAAUGGUCUAUGUACAAGCAAUCCACUUUACAAGAAGAAGAGCAUUUCUACUAAUCUGAUAACCCCUCUUUGUUUGAAUGCAAGUGGACCAAGAGAUGGCAAAACCUUGGCUGGUGAACACCCAAAUGAGUCUGACAGAAUGAAGCCAUGUAGUCAGUACCCUGUUCAGAAAAGUUCAGGUUCUUCAUGGUCAUAUGAACUGAAUUCAUGUAGUUUUGUUGUAUGCUUCUUGUAUCUCAUGUUGUAAACGACACUUUUUUUUCUUUCUAUUUGAAGGCAAUUUGAGAAACUGAUUUUCUUUUGAAUUUCA